AUGUCAAUGAUCGCAAACGCCGCUACUGUCGCCAACAGAUACUUCACACAUGACAGCCCUUACAUAUUUGAAUGCGAUGUGGGAGCUGUUUUGGCCGGCGCCCUCAAGUUCUCAGAACACGUUAUCGACAUGACCAAUGUCGCCGACGACCGAUUUACCGGCACACCUUGGGUCAUCAUGGACUUCCUGCUCGGUGGCAACCUAGGCAACCUAUGGAGGCGCUCCAGGCCUGAAGGGUUACCUAUCCCCAACCGUGUCCUAUACUCCAUGUUCCUUUGUCGCAGACAGCAGGGAGCAGAUGUGGAGCUCGUGUAUGCCUCAGACGACGGUCCCGUCGAGACCUAUGCCAGCAGAGGUACCAGCAACAGCAGGCGAUACGUGAGCGUGGCGGACGCCGAACUAAUCGACGCGGUAUGCUGGUGUCUUACGGUGGAUCCGGCGAACAGGCCCAGCUUGGAAGAACUGGUCGCCGUGUUAGAGAACCUCGUGUAUAAACCGGACGAGCAGCACUAUAUCGGCAGGCUGAACGAGCAGGUCGAACAGGAUGGGUACAUCAGACAUCUGAUAUGGCAGUCUUGGCUGGAUGCUGUUGCCGGUUAG